AAACUGUUAUACUCUGUAGCAACAUGUUCCGAGAGUAUAAAUAUUUGUAUGCAGAGUUGCCACCUGCAUGGUUUAGAAUUGCAAAUUAUAAUUGUAAAGUAUCACGAUGGAAUAGAAAUUAAACACAAAGAAUUCAUAAAGCCACACACUUAUGAGCAACUAUAUAAGUAUGUAAUUUAUACAGACAUACAUAUGUAUAAGUACAUAUUAAUAAAGAAAUUCGCUUUGCAAUGCAAUUCAUUAACUAAAUUUCAUCAUUAAUUUAAAUUUUCCUUUCAUGCAACCAGAUGUGAGCAAGACAGCACAGAAGCCACAUUUGUGCCGCCCGUUUUGAAGUGUAUCGGCGAACCGAUCAGCGCAGCACAGCAAUCGAGAUCGAUGCUUCUGUAACAACAAAGCACACAAGACCAGUCUAGCAACCAGACCAGCCGCCCAGAGCCAGAUUGCUAUGAGGAUCAAUGCGCAUUCUCAGUCAAAUUUUAAUUACAAAGUUGCUUGCGCAGAAGAAGACGUUGCUUACAGUGUAGCGCAGACGCAAACUCUGCACAAAUAUAAAAUUUAAGGUACCGGUCAAAAGUAGGAGAACUGAUGGACUUCCGUCUCUACUGAUGAAUAAGGAUUCGAUUUAGUAGCCCUAAACCAUGCUUGAAAUCGUAGUCAAAGUGCUACGUAAUUGGAAGGGAACCGGACCUGUAUACGGUCUACGUUUAUUGAACCAGCAGCACUCUCCUAAACUAUUUUAAGUGCGGUUAUGCAAAAUUUCAAAAAAUCGGCCGUUGGUUACAAAAUAUUCGAGAUAACAUAUUAUAAAUGAACGAUAAUAGCCGAAAAUUGUAUUACAGGAAAAACUUGGACUGUACUUACUACUAAUGGAACGAAAACGGAGUCAAGUAGACCUUUACUUUCUUCCUCAUGCAUUUUGUUCAAGGGAUAUAGUUUUUUUACGAUACAUUUCCCUUUCUAAAUAUGAAAGAAAUACCACGUCGGCUUAUAGCAACUGAUAAACAUAUACCUUUAGCAAUAUUGGCAAUAUUUACGAUUGCUAAAACAAUUGAUCAAACCUAUUGAGCACAUUGGAAAAAGGAUCAAGAGGCCUACUUAAGCUCAACCCGAAAAAGUAAUAAUAGCUUCUAUUUAAUCUACAUAUUUAUCUGCUAGUGACGUGUGGUUUAAGCUAUUCGCCAGAAAAUAGUUUUCUUCACAAAUUCGUUGUAAAUAAUUUUUUCAAUUUUAUAUGAAAACUUCCCACAGUACAGCCGCAGAAGACCGAUUGAGGCGAACGAAUUCGAACAAGUGCCCAACCCUGAAAAUGACUAUUAACACAAGUACUCAUACCGGUACGGCUAUUUGCAUCGGCAGACAGACUAACCGCCUUCCUGCACUCCUUCUACCCUUCAACGCUACCAUGGUCCAACGUGUCAGUAUGCAUCUUCAGCUUCCUUCGUGGGCAUUUCGAAAAUCGCGCACGUUUUUAUGAAUUAUUACCUUGGGGGGCGGUACGAUUACGAUGCAUUUACAUCGUCCCGGGUGUCGGUAAUUAUAGGGAGUUUAUGUCUGAGGCUUCAUUAUGUUGCGUUUUGUUAUACUUUGAUUGCUGAAUUAAGUUGAAACAGCACAAAGGUAAUCGCAGCCACAACACGAAGCAAAGAAACAACAACAGAGCGAAUGAAAAAUGUAUUGUGGCGAAUAUACAUGUAAAGAGUAUGGCCAAAGAAAAUAUGAGCGAAGCGAAUGCGUAACGAAUCACUUCGAAAUGCAGCGGGAGAAACACCGAGAAAAGCGCAGGAGAACGAGUUUAGCCAUGACUAAAAAUGAUGCUUCUGCAAUUACGGCACUCUUUUUUGGUAUCAAAGCAUUGAGUUUUGUGCUUUUUCAUGGUUAUGGGUAUGGCAGAAAUAUGAUGUAUGUAUGUAUGACGAUAUGUACAAUAUGUGGAACUCUAGACAAUAGACCAUAAUUUCGACAAGAAGACUAAUUCGAAACCCGCAAAAUAUCUUUAGAUAUAUUCGUAAGAGAUGAUUUCAUCGUUAAGAUGUAAAUUGUACAAAUUAAAUGAGAUGCUCUCUCAAAUAUAUCUUUAGAGCAUAGUUUCCUUUGACCGUUUAGAUAACAGUCGUGUUUACGAACUUUUAUCCAGCCAGGGACUCUCAACUUGGCAGAAUUUUUUUAAAUAAGCGCAUUAAAGAAGCCUAAUAACGCGCUUGUGAUAAUAACUGCAGUGUGCUGCCUCUGCAGAUACGUCUUUCAGACGACUUUGCUGGUUUUUCUUGCAAUUGCUUGGUCUUUAAAGUGACAGUUUUCUGUCGAACAAUUUUCAAAUUUGUGUGAGACCUCACACUGCAGUGGCUUAUAAACAUCGCUUGUUUGAAUCUUUGCAGGCAAAAAACAACUUCGUUUGGCAAAGUCCAGAAAUUCGUAGCCACUAUUGAUCUUCUUUCACCUUUACAUCGGUAAAGCUGUUAAUGGUGUGUCUGAAGUUAGUUGCGUCUGUAGUCUUGUCGGCGUAUUGUUCAAUGUCGUCGACGUAAACGUAGACUACCUCUUACAGUAUGCUUGAAAAACUGCCAUUGUCACACCGAUUGUUUAGUUAUUUAUUUCACUAUCCCAGCAUCAAUUCCUUCCGCUAUUUUCGAGAGGUCGGUAUACCACUGGAAUUACUUUAGUGCUCAGAAUUCUCAAUUUGUUCCUAAAGUUCGUAGUCAUGGUAAUGUAGUCUCUAGGAAUAUCUCCUAUUUAAUGGCCCACAACUUCUGAACAGUUAUAACUUUUCAACAUAUUGUCGAGAUGAGGAAGUUGUCGUAAUUCUAUAUACAUACAUAUAUCAUCCUGGGACUGAUCCUGGAAAGUGUUCCCCGAGAUAUUGGCUGUGGUUAGCCAAUACAGACUUCUUGUCCGUAAUGGUUCUACGUCAUCAAGCUAUUGAGUAAUCAAACUUGUCUCUUAAUCGACGAGCUAUGAAACGUCAAUUAAAACUCGCAAGCGAGUUUCGCGAUUAAUAGCGCUGAUAAUUUAAACUGCAGAAAGCGCGAUAGUAAAAUACAUGUAUACACGAAUACAACCACAACAUUAUCUCUCAUAGCCCAUAAAAACUUGCGCCCCACAUCGCUGCUGUCGCACGUAAUUUUAAUUACAAUUAAAAUGCAUUUAUUGUAUCCGUCAGAUAAGUGCGGCAGCCACGUUGCAAGCACUUUCAAUAUUUGCUUUUCACAGUUGUUGUUGUUGCACAUGGCGGUGCGCGUCGUCAACGUCAUUGCCAAUGAUAUCGGCUUGACGUUUCGAUGGUAAUGCCAUCGGUUCUUUCAUCAACUGCCGCCGAUCGCAUGGCCGCAUCCAGCCGUGACCAAAGCCAACCUACUUGUAUAUAUGUACAAAUACAUAUGUAUAUACAAACACUGGCACACACUCGUGUGAGAGUAGUUGGGUCUGUCAUAUGCUGCUUUUCGCUCGCAACAGAUUAGCUUUGUUUUUCUGCAUGUAUUCCAUCUUUGCUUUUCGCAGCACACAUCUACAUACAUAUAGUAUCCACAAAUACGUGUGUAUAUGUAUACAUUUCUGUGGCACAUACCCAAGCUCUCGUUGCGUUUGCACUUAUGAUGGGCGCAUCCUUUCCCAUGAAACUUUUGUUGCAUUAAAACGCGACCGCAACAGAAACGUUCAAGUGGCGUUGGAGAUAAGCGCCGAUAAGAUGUUGCAUGCUUAUCGCGCUGAACGGUCCACUCAAUUGCAUUAGCAAACUGGCAGCACAUUGCAGCAAUUAAAAGUGGCAGCAAUGCCACUUGGUCAAUGGAAGAAUUAUUACAAGCCUAAGUGACUGACAGCAGAGAACGUAUAUCAUACAUAUAAUAAAUGCUGACAGGAAGUUCCACUCAACACUCAAGCAUAAAAGAAAGUGAUGUUUUGAUAAAAAUAUGUAUGUUUGUACAUAUGUUCCAAAGGAUUGCAAAACUUGUCGGAGCUAUAAAAGUUUUAGUCUACCUGAAUCCCUAUAAAUAAAAGCGACACUCAGACCAAGGCUGAUGUAAGAGUUCCUAAUGGAUAUUUAGUUAGCUGAAAUGAAAUUUCGUCGAAAGCAGACAAACAGUAACAGCAAUAGCUUGGAGAGUGCUACACUUGCUUAACCUUAAACAUCCUGAAAUAUUGUUUGUUUGCAAGAAAUAACACUAAUUUUAGAGUUUGAGUGAUUUACCACCUUCUCUCGCAAAAUCUGGUUUUAUAUCAUUAUAAAAAUUUAAAUAUAUGGUUGCUUAUAUGUCAUUACCACAAAACUUAAUUUUCAAAUGUCAGCGACUAAUUUGUUAUACGUGCAGACAACUUCACACAUAGGUGGUGCGCAAUAGCACAGGGUGCACAACAAUCAUUAUUUACUUGAUAUUGUAAUUAAUUUUAUUUUAGUUACUUUUACUUAUAGAUUUCUAUGAAAAUUAUACAAAAUUAUAUAUAUUUCAACAACUUUUAAUGCCACUACAACUGCAAUUUAUAACAAAUAAAUUUAAAACAGUUUAAAUAAAUAUAAAAAAAAGGACAGAUUUAACUCCCCAGCAAUACAAUACCGUAUUGCUUAAGGAGAACGUAGAUUUUAAAUAAAUUUAAAAUAAAUAAAUCUACCUUCUGUGCUGACACGCCAAAUAAUUUUUGACAUCUCUUGAUAUUUGACAGUCACAUUUUGUGAAAAUUUUAGACAAUACAAAUUGGAAAGAAAUUGGAGUUCGUUAAUUAGAAAGUGAUAUUUAGUGUAUCCUAGCAAUAUUAUAAAAGCUUAAGAAAAGAUUCAAGAAACUACAUAAACACUACAAGAAAAACUAUUAUUUAGUUAUGGUUAAGAAGAAACGUCAAUCCGAUGUGCAUGAUGAUGGUUCAUCGACAGAUUCAUCUGAAGGCGCACUGCAGAAUCCUACAUCAGGCGUUGGAGUUUGUCAGCAUGUGAAAAAAUCUGUUGAUCCUACAAAAUUGCGCAAAGUACUAAAGGCAAGUGGUCUUGUCGCGGAUUGCAUGCAAUGCUCCAAACAAGGCGCUACUUCACCUGCUGCGGAGGUUAAGGAGUCAAUUCUGGAUGAUUCGCUAAGCGGCUUCGAGUAUGACACCACACUCUGGCUAUGUCUUAAGUGUGGUUCCCAGCUUUGCGGACGGUCAAGGAAUCAGCAUGCUUUACAGCAUUACAAAACACCUCACUCCGACUCACAUGCGCUCACCAUGAACACCCGUACGUUUGAAAUAUGGUGUUACGAUUGCGAUAACGAGGUUAAAUCAAAUUCACGUAAAAAUCUAUUGGAGUGUGUCGAAAUGGUAAAAAAGGCUGCGCAAAAACCAAUACCCAUUGCAUCACCCACGGAAAACACACCACUUAAUAACAUAGAAGGAAAGAUACUGUCGACUUGGGAAUCUUUACGUCCAUUAGUUGAGACUCAUGCGGUGAAUGCAGCAAAUAAACCAAUACCGCUGCCGCCGCCACCACCGCCACCUAUACCUGGUAUGGCAAAGCGAAUAACAGAUCCAGCCAUGCUAUCCGCACCUGUAGUUACCAAUAGACAAGCCAACACAAAUGACCUGCAAUCUAUAGAAAUCUUGCCGCGCGUGCGUGGCUUAACAAAUCUGGGCAACACUUGUUUCUUCAAUGCGGUUAUGCAAUGUUUGGCUCAAACACCCUAUCUGCUAGAUGUGCUCAAGGAGCUGUCAGAGCCCGGCGAAGAAUUCACUUUACCAGGCGGUACUUUUAAAUUCAAGGACGACGAGGAUGUGCACUUGCCAAUGAUCAAAGGUACCUUGUCAUCGUGGGGUGGACUUACAGCGGCACUUGCGCAGGCUUUGGAAGAGCUGCAAUCAAGCGGUGGCGUUUUUACACCCAGCAAGCUUUUCGAUAAGCUUUGCAUAAAAUGUCCACAAUUUCGUGGCGGCGAUCAGCACGAUUCCCAUGAGUUACUACGUCAUUUACUUGAGAGUGUCAGAUCUGAGGACUUAAAACGCUACCAGCGUGUGAUUUUAACCAAUCUGGGCUACAAGGAUCAAGAUAUCAAUAGCGUAUCUGAGGAAAUGCGCCAGAAAUGUAAAAUAUACGGCAAUCAAGCAGCUGAUCGUAUACUCCGCCCCGAGCAAGUAUUCCGCGGUUUUUUGGUGUCCACGCUUACUUGCCAAGAUUGUUAUAAUGUGUCCUCACGGCAUGAGUACUUCUUAGACAUGUCAUUGCCAGUUAGCGUUGAAAAGCCACAGCCGCCGUUCAGACGUAAAACCAGCCCCGAUAAUUCGCCAAACACAAGCUCAUUUUACUUAAACACACCGCCUGCCGGACCCUCCAAAGCGCAACUGAAAAAGGAAAAGGAGAAAGAGCGCAAAGCAAAACGUGCCGCCAAACAUCACGAAAACAAAUUGAAACAGAAGGCAAUAUUAGAGAAUACGACGGGCGCCGCUAACGAAGUUGCUGAAACAACGGCUAUCAAAAUGGGUUGUGCUAGGCGUGAGGACGGCGCGGCAUUUUCUUCUUCGGCUUCUUCUUCUGAACAAUCCGAUGCUGACAUUGAAGACAACCUGCUCGAUGACAACACGGCCACGAAAACAGCGCGAACUGCAGGCAUCAACAGUUACGACAGCAACGGCAACAAGCAAUUGCCGCGCACUGGCAAAUCGGAGAAACGCGACGACUCACCUGAGAAUAUGGACAAAGACUCACUAGAUGAAGAUGAAAACGAUUCAGGUAUCGCCAAUAGUCCCGCCAACACAGGCAGCAACUUUUUGCCCUGCUCCGAAACGAAUGGCGGUAGCGUUGGCGGUGAUGCGCAUGCCGUAACUGCGAACAAUAGCUUAUUAGCAGUUGGUCUCAGCGAGAAGGGGGCCACGAUGAUGCGACAACUUUCCCUAACCGAUGCAGCCAAUGCGGUCAGCGCGGCAGGCAUUUUCGUGAAUGGCGAAAUGAAAGAUGAAGCAGCGCUUGCUGCACAACUGGAACAGCUGAAACUCAGCGAACAAAAGGCAGCGCGCAUGAAGGCCAAACGCGUGCGCACUCAAAGCCAUUCCGAUUGGAGCACGACCAUUGCACCGCGUUACCAAUGCGAAGACGGCGAGUGCUCCGUACAAUCAUGCCUGAAUAAUUUCACCGGCGUUGAGUUGAUGACGGGCAACAACAAGGUUGGUUGUGAAAAUUGCACCAAACGCAUUAAUGGCAGCGAUCCGAAAGCCAAGACCGUCAACACGAAUGCGACCAAACAGUUUCUAAUAUCUAGUCCGCCAGCUGUUUUAAUACUACAUCUGAAACGUUUCCAACUCGGGCCGCGCUGCAUAUUCCGCAAGCUAACACGCGUCGUCAGCUUCCCCAUGGUACUGGACAUAGCGCCAUUCUGCGGUUCCAAAGUAAAAAAUUUGCCAAAUAUCGAUCGCAAACAAAAGAAACUCCUAUACGCGCUUUACGGCAUUGUCGAGCACUCGGGCGGCAUGUACGGCGGUCAUUACACCGCUUAUGUGAAAGUGCGUCCGAAACUUUCGCGCGACGACAAGCGCUGGAAAUUCUUGCCACAAGGCAGCAAAGCCGAACUCGAUCAAGAUGACGAGCAGCGCAAGAAACUCGAAGAGCUCUUAGCCAAAGAGAAAGCACGCGAAUUGCGCAUGAAGGCCGCCAACGACAGCGAUGACUUCUCCAACAGCAGCGAUUGCUCAUCGACAACAACAAGCUCUUCCGAUACUGACGAGCUGCCCGACACCCCAGCAGACACAGGCGGCGCUUAUGGCGGCGACGAUGAGGCGCGCGAUGUGCAAGUGCCCAUGGGCAAAUGGUAUUACGUGUCCGAUUCACGCGUACAAGAGGUCAACGAGGAGGCGGUGCUGCGUGCGCAAGCUUAUCUGUUGUUCUACGAACGUAUUUAUUAAAAAUAUUCUACUGAAAUUUUGCAACAAAACAGAAAAGAGAAAAUAAUGAAGAAAAAUAGACAAGCAACGAUGUUGAUAGUCAUGCAUUACUCGUAGUAUGAUGACCAUAACCACAAUAAAUGCGUUUUUGACAGGCGCAGUGUGCACUUCAAUUUAAGUGAAACAAAAAAAAAACAAUACAAUACAAUAAUGUAAUAACGCUAUUAAAACAGCGAUUUUGAAAUUAUAAACAUAGUUAGGCUAGAAAGUAGAAAGGCAAGCAAACAACAAACGCGAAAAAGCCGCAGUAGCAGCAACAGCAGUAAGGCAUACAUACAGCACGCAACUAGCGGCCGUAGUGCCAAGCCAAGCACGACACAAAUGUGUGCCACAUAAUUCAUACAAACAUACAAAAGUCUUUACCACCAAUAACUGUGUGUUGUGUCAAGUGUAAAUUAAUUCGCAAAAAGCGCGCGUGUUUUGAGUCAAAACAACUCGCUUGCCCACACAAACAACGCGUUGCAUAGUUAACCGUUAAUUUGUUUGUGUCAACAGUUUUGUGCAGUAUUUUUGCCGCAUGCCUUCUCCGCAACAACGUUCUAAGUUCUUACUUUAGUUCAAGUAUAUCUAUAUAUAUAUUUAUAUUUUGCUUUUAAACGGGUAUUAGGCAGUUGUAUAUAUGCACACACACAUACAUACAUUCAUACAUUUAUAAUUAUGCAUUUGUUAUACUUACUUCUAUUCUGCUAACACCGGCACUUUGUUGUUAAUAUAAUAUUUGAACAUUUAUUUGAAGCAAACAUACCACUGCUGACAGUGCAUUUCUAAAUAUUACACUAACUAAGCGCAUACAUACUUAGAAAAUGUGGUGAAGGUGCAUAUACACUUGUAGAAUAUUUUAUGGAACAUUUGCAGUUGCACUCAAAUGUAGCAGAGCACGUGCGUCGCUUGCGCGGGUGGGGUUGUUAGUUAGUUUGUGCGUGUUGGCGUGCAGCAAGUAACUGUUUAUGUGUAAUGAUAACGAAACGUUUUAAUUAAAUGAUAAUGAUAAACAGCUGUAUUGAUGCGUGUAAUCACUUUGAUUACUGCUAUACCAUUAUUGCAUACGUACGUAUUUCAAAUACCAACUAAAUAAAAGCAAAAACAAAAAGAAUUUUGAAUAAUACUUAUAAACUAUGCGUAAAUAAUGAAACGAUCUUGAAAAUAAAUUAUUAUAAAUUUUAUGAAAA